UCUUCCAAACUUGUUUGUUUGGUCCCAAAAUCCCCCUCUUCAAAACAAGCAUUUGAAAAAAAGAACCAAGGGCGCCAAAUUGAACACUACUCUGAAUUUGUUUAAUCUCAUCAAUGGCUUCCACUUCAACUUCUUCAACAAUUUAUUUGCAAACCAAUGCUCAAAAACUAUCUUUCCCCUCAAAGCCGGCAACCAAAACAUCCCACACAAACCUUAGCUUUCCGUACUCAUUGCGAUUCGCUACUAAAUUUGUACGUGUGAAGUCUUCUAGCACUGCCUACAAUGAAGUUGUGGUGGAUGAAGAGAUGGACAGAAUCAGAAGGCUCCAGAACGGGUCUGAUGUUCGCGGGGUGGCCUUGGAAGGCGAGAAGGGGCGGAUUGUGGACCUAACACCACCGGCUGUGGAGGCCAUUGCGGAGAGUUUUGGUGAGUGGGUUAUCGACGGCUUGGAGAAGGAGCAAGGACAACUUGUGGAGAAAGUUAGGGUGUCCCUUGGCAAGGACCCAAGGAUUUCAGGACCAAAUUUGAGUGUAGCUGUAUUUUCUGGACUAGGUCGUGUAGGUUGUUUGGUAUUCGAUAUGGGACUUGCAACUACACCGGCCUGCUUCAUGAGUACAAUUUUGCCUCCAUUUUCCUACGACGCUUCAAUCAUGAUGACCGCAUCUCACUUACCCUACACCCGAAAUGGUCUCAAAUUUUUCACCAAGAAAGGAGGACUAAGCUCGCCAGAAGUGGAAGACAUAUGCAAUAGAGCAGCCCGAAAGUAUGCCAAUAGGCUCGCCAAAGUGUCAACAUUGCUCAAUGUCGCUCCAUCAAGAGUUGAUUUCAUGAGCUCGUAUGCAAAGCACCUCCGAGACAUUAUCAAGGAGAGAGUGAACCAUCCGUUGCAUUACGAAACUCCACUCCAAGGAUUCCAGAUAAUAGUGAAUGCAGGUAAUGGAUCAGGAGGCUUUUUCACAUGGGAUGUGUUGGAUAAACUUGGGGCAGACACCUUUGGCUCUCUAUACCUUAAUCCAGACGGAAUGUUUCCGAACCACAUUCCCAACCCUGAGGACAAAACCGCUAUGGCGGUAACCAGAGCUGCAGUGCUAGAAAACUCUGCUGAUCUUGGGAUUGUAUUUGACACUGAUGUGGAUCGCAGCGGCAUUGUGGAUAACAAGGGCAACCCCAUCAAUGGCGACAAGCUCAUUGCUUUGAUUUCUGCUAUCGUAUUGAGGGAACACCCUGGAACCACCAUAGUGACCGAUGCGCGUACAAGUAUGGCGCUUACAAGAUUCAUCACGAAUCGGGGGGGUCAUCAUUGCUUAUAUCGUGUUGGUUAUCGAAAUGUGAUUGAUAAGGGAGUGCAGCUUAACAAGGAAGGCAUUGAAACUCAUCUCAUGAUGGAAACAUCUGGACACGGUGCUCUUAAAGAGAACCAUUUCCUUGAUGAUGGAGCUUACAUGGUGGUAAAGAUCAUCAUCGAUAUGGUGCGAAUGAAGCUUGCAGGAUCAGACGAAGGGGUUGGAAACAUCAUAAAAGACCUUGAAGAACCGUCAGAGUCCAUAGAGCUGAGGAUGAAUGUAAUUUCUGAGCCUAGAUAUGCAAAAGAAAAGGCAGUGGAGGCCAUUGAAACGUUCCGAGAGUACGUUGAGGAAGGGCGGCUUGAAGGGUGGGAGUUAGAUUCGUGCGGAGAUUGUUGGGUCAGCGAGGGCUGUUUGGUAGACUCAAAUGAUGCGUCAGCUGCUGCCGUUGACGCACGCAUGUACAGAGCAAAAGUAUCAGAUGAGGAACAUGGACAGCAUGGUUGGGUGCACAUUAGGCAGAGCAUUCACAACCCGAAUAUUGCAGUGAACAUGCAAUCAACUGCGCCUGGCUGUUGCCGAACAAUGACAAGAGUUCUUCUAGAUAAAUUUCUCAUAGCAAGCGGAAUGGAUAGAAUUCUUGAAACUAACCAGAUUGAUAAGUAUGCCAAGAGUGGAAUUGUAGGCUGAGCUGCUAUAAUCUACGGUGAAGUUGCUAGCUAGGUAUACAAACAGAUGGAUUACGUCACAAAACUUAUGUAUAAUGUAUAAAUCUGCGACUUAUAACGUUUGCCAUGUUGGGUUAUUUUUCGUAUUCACAAACAAUAUGGAUGCCAAUCUCAUCAUGCCAAAAGCAUCAUACAACAAAAUCAAGCUGUUAUUUGUGAA